AAUCAUGACAAUUCGAUAAUUUUGUAAGAAACCAAAAUAGAUCGUUUCAUGCUGGAUUUCUACGAAUGAAAUGCUCUGAGAGCGAUUGGAAAAUUUCUAAAGAGGGCGGCCAAAUUAAAGAUUUAGAUGUCCGUAGACGACACAGGGCGUCCACUCAUCGAUUUUGCCUCGGAAGGCCGGCUAAACGGACCUGAUGUAGUUCCGUAUCACGCGGACCCGGCCAGUUACAGCACAGCCAUAGUUGGCGGUUCUCAUUACGAUAGUAGGACUUCUGAACAAAGACCUUUACUCGGCAGAUCGAGAUCUCGAAUGGACAGUCACAGUGAUACUGAAUACCAAGGAAAUCACUUUGACGAUCCAGAGUUUAGCAGCCUUAUACAAGCCGCCGAACAAGCUAUUGAUGUAGGAAUUUUGCCCGAACGUAUUUACCAAGGAUCCAGUGGUAGUUACUUCGUAAAAGACAAAGAGGGGAAGAAGAUUGGUGUAUUUAAACCUAAAGAUGAAGAGCCCUAUGGACAUCUUAAUCCCAAGUGGACAAAAUGGUGUCACAAGAUUUGCUGUCCAUGUUGUUUUGGUAGAAAUUGUUUAAUUCCAAACCAAGGAUAUCUCUCUGAGGCUGGAGCAAGCCUUGUGGAUCAGAAACUUGGUCUAAAUAUUGUUCCUAAGACAAAGGUUGUCAGACUUGCUAGUGAUACAUUUAAUUACACAGCAUUUGAUCGGGCAAAAGCAAGGUCAAAAAGGUUUGCUACAGAAAGAUUUCCUGAUACUCUAGGAAAACAUGUGAAAGCAGGACUUCCUCCAAAGCUGGGCUCGUUUCAGACAUUUGUUGAUGGUUAUAAAGAUGCAGAAUUUCACCUGAGGAAGUUUGAAGUGGAACCUCUUCAAGCCAUCACAAACAAAGAUUUUCUGAUACAAUUUCAAAAACUUGUUUGUCUUGAUUAUAUUAUUAGGAAUACAGAUCGGGGAAAUGAUAAUUGGCUUAUCAAAUAUGAAAGAACUCCAGAAGUUGAUCGGCAAGUGGAAGGUGAAGAAGGGGGUGACUGGGAUUAUGUAGACCCCCCAAAGAUAUAUGUAGCUGCCAUUGACAAUGGGCUGGCAUUUCCUUUUAAGCAUCCAGACUCUUGGAGAGCCUAUCCAUUUUACUGGGCAUGGUUAACACAAGCGAAGGAACCGUUUAUGGAUGAGAUUUCUGACUUUGUAUUACCUCAAAUAGCAGAUAUGAACUUUGUUCAGGACCUCACUGAGGACUUAUACCUACUCUUUCGGGAGGACAAAGGCUUUGAUAAAUCGCUUUUUGAGAGACAGAUGUCUGUUUUAAGAGGACAGAUACUAAACUUAACUCAGGCUUUGCGGGACAAGAAAUCCCCUCUGCAACUUGUGCAAAUGCCCGUAGUCACUGUAGAAAGAAAGAAAAUUGAAUCUGGAGAUCGACUGAGAAGCCAAAGUCACGCAUUCACUCAAAGCUUUCAACACCGACCGCCGUUUUUCUCAUGGUGCUAACCAAAGAAGUGUCAUGCGACGAACUUUGUAACCAGUGAUUUUCUCAGUUGAUUCAAACUGAUGAAUAGUGCGCUCUCUGAGAUUUGUGGGGUAAUGUCGUCAGUCUAACAAUUGCGGGAAAUUUGGCAUCCAAUAAGUCUUACUAGACAGCCAUAAUCUCGUUUUCCAUUGGUGAUAUGGGACUGACAUCAUUGAAUGUACAACCUCGGUCGCUCGUACUGGAAAAAUUUGUGCGUACGUUUGGCAGAAGAUCCAAAAUGAUUCAAAGCGACGAAAAUGGUUUAGAAGUGUUGGAUAAUGUAAUGAGGUUUAUUUUUCUGAUAGAUGAUUUCAUAGUGGUUCCAAUGGAGGAAAAUUGCAUUUAUGUCGAACAAAAGUUCAGUUAAAAUGAAACUUCUUAACAAAUAUACAAAGGUUGUAGUUCAUAUUUUGUAAAUGAUACAGCUUUAUCAAUCAGAAAUUAAAUGUAUGACAUUGCCUUUCACUACUGCGGUGGUGCAUUCUUAGAGUACAAUUCUGUGCAGAGAGUGAAAUUGUGUAACUGGAAAUUCAAAUUAUUGUUACAAUAAGAAUGAAUUGUCAUGAAUAGUGCGCUCCCCGGCCAGCGACUAUUAAAGCAAUCUGAAAAUUGAUAGGUUAAUCUUCGAAAACUAUGUAGCCUCAUUUGAGCAUUGAUGAGAACAUUAUGGUGAUGUUUGUGGAGGAGGCACUGAAUCGUACUGUCUAGAAAUAAUACCUCAUUUUAUAAAUUAGUUAAAUAAAUGGAUAUUUG